AUGGCUCAGCACUGCCUUUGGAUCUUGCUCCUUUGCCUGCAAACCUGGCCAGAAGCAGCUGGAAGAGAUGCAGACUUCCUCACUGUGAAUGGGAUUCUGGGGGAGUCUGUCACUUUCCCCUUAAAUAUCGACAAGCCACAAGAAGUCAAAAGCAUCGCUUGGACUUCUCGAACGUCUGUUGCUGUUGUAACACCAGGAGACUCAGGAACAGCACCCGGAGUUUUGGUGACCCACAGAAAUUAUUACAAACGUAUACAUGUCUUAGGUCCAAACUACAACCUGGUCAUUAGCGAUCUGAGGAUGGAAGAUGUAGGAGACUACAAAGCAGACAUAAACACAGAGACCUAUCCCAGCACUAUCACCAAGCACUACAACCUGCAAGUCUAUCACCGGCUUGGGAAACCAAAAAUCACACCGAGUUUAAUGACAUUGGUGAACAGCACCUGUAAUGUCACACUGACAUGCUCAGUGGAGAAAGAAGAAAAGAAUGUGACAUACAGUUGGAGUCCCUUGGGAGAAGAAGGGAAUGUCCUUCAAAUCUUCCAGGCUCCUGAAGACCAAGAGCUGACUUACACAUGUACAGCCCAGAACCCUGUCAGCAACAAUUCUGGCUCCAUCUCUGCCCAGCAGCUCUGUGCAGACAUCACGAUGGGCUCCCGUACCCGCCACACCAAGUUGCUGAGUGUGCUGGUGACACUCUUUCUGCUUGUUCUCAUUCUAUCUGCAGUGUUUUUGUGCCGUUUGUACAAGAGAAGACAAGGUAGGAUUUUCUCAGAAGGUUCCUAUUUGAAGACCUUCAGUAAGAGCCCUGAUGCUGUCUCAAAGACAACAAUAUACACGUACGUCACGGUUUCAAGAGAUGUCCAGUCAGCAGAGACCAGAAUCUAUGAUGAAAUCCCCCAGGCCAAGGUGCCCCCCUCCAAGGAAGAGCUAGAAAACACAGUUUAUUCCAUGGUGCAGAUCUCUGACAAGAUGGGGAAAACCAGCAAGCAGGACAGCAAGCCUCCUGGGACUUCAAGCUAUGAGACUGUGAUCUAG